UGGAGUCAAACAACGCUUAUCAGCCGAUAUCUACGAUCACGGAUAAUACGGCGGGCAUCGAGAUGGAACUCCUGCAGGUCGGCUCGGAACCGGUCGGCAUACGGUGCCCAUAUUGCUACGAAGACGUCAUGACGAGAGCCCAAUAUAAAAACACCACACUGACGCAUACAAUUGCCAUCAUUCUAGGCAUAUUUUUUUGGUGGUUGUGUUGCUGUAUAAUUCCUUACGUCGUGAAAAGAUGGAAAAACGUAGAACAUUAUUGUCCGAAUUGCCGCAGGUAUUUGGGAAUGCAUAGCAGUAGAGCAACCAUAUUGUGA